GUGGUGCGGACCUGUUGUUUUUCUUGCUCUUGAUUUUGUUGUGUUUGCUUUUCAGCCUCCGAUCCGACGUGGAGCGAUCUAUUUAUAUAUCUAUUUUGGUUUAUUUUGGAACCAAAUAUUCUCUUCGCAAUAGGACAUAUACAUAUAUGCUUAAACAUUAGCACCUUCUGUGAGACUGUUAAACAUUUUUUCAAAGAAAGGCUGCUAAAUACCAACGUUGUGCAACGCCGGCUGGGAUUGAGAAUUCGAUGAUAGAUUGCACCAACCAGACAAGACAUAUAGAUUUUUCAACGGCUAAGAAAUUAUAGAAAUCGGUGUCAAAACAAAUAUGGCAAUUAUGUAACGGACCGAUUCCUGCUCCAGCAUAUUUAUUAGACUAGCGUCAACCAACGGCCGGACCACCAUGGACAUUCUGGUGUUUCUGACGGCGGCGGCCUAUCUGGUCUACACGCCCUUUACGAAGGUUGAGGAGAGCUUCAAUCUGCAGGCCAUGCACGACAUUCUGUAUCUGCGCAACAACUUUACGCAGUACGAUCACCACGACUACCCGGGCGUCGUGCCACGCACCUUCAUCGGACCGCUGGUGGUGUCCAUGAUCUCCGCCCCAUUCGUACUCCUCUUUGAGACUCUGAAUGUCAACAAGUUCUGGGCCCAAUAUGUAGUGCGCCUUGUCCUGGCUGGAGCCAUCUCCGUGGCCUGGAAUAAACUGCGGCAGGCGGUGACCAAGAUUUACGGCGUUGAGGUGCGCCUUUGGUUCACAGCCAUAACCAUUACGCAGUUCCACUUCAUGUUCUAUAUGACGAGGCCUCUGCCCAACAUAUUUGCCCUCCCAAUAGUUCUUUUUGCCAUUUCCUAUUGGCUGCGCGACCAGCACAAGCCAUUCAUCAUCUGCUCUGGCAUAGCCAUCCUCGUCUUUCGAUCCGAGUUGGCUCUAUUUUUGGGUCUCUUGCUGGUAAUGAGCCUGCUGCAGCGCAAAUUCUCCAUUGAUGGGCUGCUGAAGAUUGCGCUGCCGGCGGGUGUUUGUAUUUUGGCCGCCACGGUGUUAGUGGAUUCAUUCUUUUGGCGCCGCCUGCUCUGGCCCGAAGGCGAGGUUCUAUGGUACAACACAAUCCUCAACAAGAGCUCCGACUGGGGCACGUCGCCUUUCUUAUGGUACUUUUACUCGGCGCUGCCCCGUGCCAUGGGCGCAUCCUUGAUGUUUGUGCCCAUCGGCAUAACUCUGGAGCCACGGAUUCGUCCAUUGGCUCUGUCGGCUUUGCUCUUUGUCUUGCUGUACUCCGUUCUGCCUCACAAGGAGCUUCGGUUUAUCAUAUAUGUGUUCCCAGUGCUCAACAUUGCCGCAGCUUGCGCCUGCCAGCGCAUUUGGAUGAACAGUGCCAAGUCAACGUGGCAUAGCUUCCUGGCUCUCGGCUGCGGAGCUCAUCUUCUGUUGAAUGUCUUCAUGACUGUCUUUUUGCUUGUCAUUUCGGGCACCAACUAUCCGGGUGGAGCGGCCCUUUCCCGCUUGCAUCGCUUAGAGGCUGGCUCUCCGAACGUUUCCGUGCAUAUUUCCAAUUUAGCCGCCCAAAGUGGGGUAUCGCGUUUCAUGGAAAUACACGAUGAGUGGACCUACAGCAAGGAUGAGGCAAUGAACUACACCCAAGUAGAUUUGGAAAUGUACACCCAUCUCUUGGUGGAGGCGAAAAACAAGCAGAACACAGAGCUGUGGGCAUCGCUUCAAAACGAGUUCGAUAUCCUGGAGUUUGUCGACUGUUUCAACAGUAUUGGCAUCCAGUACAACUCUUUGCUACCGGUGCGAAUCAAAACGAAGCCUUGCAUUGGAAUUCUUAAAAAAAGGUCGGUGCCUCCGAAAGAAAAACCAAAAGCAAAGGAAAAAAAGACAAAACCUACCGCACCUGCAGUUGAGAAAGUAACUCCCUUGUCGCCUGUGGAAGAUAUUCCAAAGGUACGAGAGGAACCAAAAAUGAAACCGACCUUACAAGUGGAUCUGGAUGAUGAUGAUGGCAUUGUGGCGACUGUGGAGGAAUUGUCCUUAGAGCUGGAUACGAAUAUUGAGCCAGAAGCUGAAGUAGAGGCCAUCGAGACGCCCGUGAAAGAGAUAAACUUCCAGGAGCUGCGAACCCUCGCCAUGGGUCAGGCGACCAAAAAAUCGCGUGCAGCCACCAAGCUGAAAAUACGAAAGAUUAUCGAGCAACACUAUCGCGCUAAAGGAAAACAAAUCGAAAACGACUCCGCCGAGCAGACGAUAAAAAUCCCAGGGACACACAGCGGACGACCAGGAAUACGGCAGUCUGUUAAGUCCAUCAUUAAGCAGGAGAAGAUCAAGGAAAUGAUCGAGCAGAUCGCAACAAUGGACCUAACACGCAUCUGCGAUUUGGAAAAGACAUCGACCAAGGACUGUUUGAAACAGGUUAUUGACAAAAUAGAUGAUAGCGAAAGUUUAAAAACCAAAUGACAAAACCUAACAUACUUUAAACUGUUAUUAAAACAAAAAAAAAUAGUUUGUAAAAAAUAAAAAUAAAAAUCAAACGAAA